CGGAGCGUCACUGGUCUGGAGGCGGAGGGAGCGGCGGCUGCUGCAGGGAGCGGCCCCUUGGCUCUGCCUGCGCUUCCUUCUUCGCUCAGAGGCCGCCAUCACCGCCAUGGGGGGCUCUCGCGACGACGAGUACGAUUAUCUCUUCAAAGUGGUUCUCAUUGGGGACUCCGGAGUUGGGAAAAGCAACCUCCUCUCUCGCUUCACACGUAAUGAGUUCAACCUGGAGAGCAAAAGCACCAUCGGUGUAGAGUUUGCCACCCGGAGCAUCCAAGUGGAUGGCAAGACCAUAAAAGCUCAGAUCUGGGACACAGCUGGGCAGGAACGAUACCGAGCCAUCACAUCUGCCUAUUACCGUGGUGCCGUGGGAGCCUUACUGGUUUACGACAUCGCCAAGCACCUCACCUAUGAAAAUGUGGAAAGGUGGUUGAAGGAGCUGCGAGAUCACGCCGACAGCAACAUUGUCAUUAUGCUCGUGGGGAACAAAAGCGACCUUCGUCACCUGCGAGCCGUUCCAACAGACGAGGCCCGAGCCUUUGCAGAAAAGAACGGCCUGUCGUUUAUCGAAACCUCUGCUUUGGACUCGACAAAUGUGGAAGCUGCUUUCCAGACCAUCCUGACUGAGAUUUAUCGCAUUGUGUCGCAGAAACAGAUGUCAGACAGACGCGAGAACGACAUGUCUCCCAGCAACAACGUGGUCCCCAUCCACGUCCCUCCAACCACGGAAAACAAACCAAAGAUGCAGUGUUGUCAGAAUAUAUAACACGCUCAACACCUGGAAAGCCGCGUCUUUUCCCCCAGAUCUGAAUGGAAGUAGAGCCGGAGCUGACAUUCCUUUUUCUCCUUCUUUGGUUCUCCACUCUCUCCCCCUUUUUCUUUCCAUUACAUUUUGCCUUUAUUUCCAUCCUCCUCUCUCCGUUUCCUCAUUUCGUCACCGUUCCUCCUUGUCCUCAACCUCAGUUCUGUGACUCAUUUCUUUUUUCACACUAGGCUGCAGCAUCAUCAGAAUGCUAGUGUCCUGCAAGGCAAACGGGGUUAACGGUCACAGUGGGUCUCCUGCCGGGCUCACCUCGGGAAGGAGCGGAGAUGGGCUCUGUCCAGCCUUCCCCAUUGGGACACUCCUGUCAACACCACGGCAUGAUUUGAUAACUCCCUUGUCCCUGGCCUCUGUGCCAGGUGCCGUCUCUCGGCCUUUCGCAUCCCAGUGCCAUGCAGACUACAGCUCCCAUCAUCUCUUUCAGCCCCACCGUUUGCCCGAGGUAAUGGGAGGUGUAGAAAAAUGGUCUGGAGAAAGCCAGGUUGAGUGGGCAGUUUCCCCUCUGGGUCAAAUGCAAACUCUUUGUUGGCUUGUUGACUUUCUUUCUAACCAGAGCUGUGAACCUGUUUGGAAGACUCAAGUCGGGGAUAACCUCUGAGAAUAUCUGGGCCUAAUGGAUUAGCAUCAUGAGCGUGGCCUCUGGUCCCUCCCUGGGCAGCUUGGCCUGUGGUCUCACCUUUGGAAUUGGCUUUGUUGAGGCCACGCGCACAUGUAGCCUUUUGACGGGUUUUUAAUUCAGCCUGAGCAGACGGAUGAGGCCUCCCCUUGCAAGCAAGGAGAGGAUGAACCAGCUGGGUGACGGCGCCACUGUGCGAAUUAAAUUAUUGCAGUUUACCUGGCUCAGCCCCAACGUCUGUGGCCGGAUGUUGGAUGCCAUGUAAGUUACUCAACGAGGCAAACGCCAACUUGUUCUUGCUAGUCCCUGCGGCUCGGUCUUGUGGCAUUUAGUGUGUCGCAUGCUCUGGUAUGGGCCUGGGGGGAGGGGGGAUCAUUUUGCACAUUGCACAUGUACAGGUGAUUGGGAAGGCUUGGAGAUGGGUGUUGCAACUCCUAAGAAACCCAGACUUUUUAAUGAGAAUUGUCAGUAAAAUUGGCACUGGUGCAUCCCCCGCCUCCAACCCCUCCACUGCCCACCCAAGACUUGAUUUAAGCUGGUUUAGUUUCUCUGGGGCUCCCAGUUCCUGGCCUGGAAGCCCUCAAACCUCUCCAGUUGCACACUAAAAAGCCCCAGAGGCCUUCCUCAAGUGGUUGAGCCCUUCUGGGUUUCUAGAGGACAUUCCUUCAUCUCAUUCCCCUCGGCACUGUUUCGGUUUGCAGCCCACACCGCCUGCUCGUCUGCAGCACUGUUCACAAGAGGGGUGGGGUGGGCACACCAGCACAUACAGAAUUGUGCAGUCUUUGGGAAGCCCAGCUGAAGAGGAAGAGUCCCUGGUUUAUAGGGGGAAGGAAGGAAUGGAAGGAAGGAAGGAAGGAAGGAUGGAUGUUUCUCGCAGAUAUGUUCUUCCUGCUGCGUUGAAAGCUACUCCGCUCAGCUUGUCUGCCAGUCUUGCAGUGCUCAUGACGUGUAAGGGGCACCGAGGGCAUUGCUGUAGUCCGAUCAUCCUUUGUUUUUUCCCUCCUCCAGGGUGUUAUUUCUCUGCACACUUUUUUUUUGUCCUUUCCCUUCCAUUCCCCACUUUUUUUUUUGUAAAUUGCUUUGUACUGUUAUGCACAUUCUGUACCUUGAGUAUUUUUUAAGAUUGAUUUAAAAUUAUUCAUUUUUGGAAUUCUAAUAAAGAAUCACAGGGGAUUGUUCA